AUGGUAAAUAAGAUUCGCUCCAUCUUCUAUAAGGAGGCAAUCACGAAUAACAAAAACAUACAGGCCAACUUUGAGUUCAUCAAAGCUUAUCAGAAAGAGCUGGAUAAUCUUGUCAAGAUGAAGGUAUAUAACCCAAAGAUAAAGAUUCCAAAAGGAGAAGUUCACAAGGAUGAAAUCGAGCCCAUAAAUACCACUUUUAACAUUAGGCGAGAUAAAACGCGCAAGGCACGGAUUGUAUGCCGAGGUGAUCUCCAAUCUGAAUCCAGCUACAGUAAUAUUGAAACAUCAAUACUAAACAUGAACUCGUUGAAAAUGCUACUGAUUUUGGCCAAUAAUAAUAACCUAAGAUUGAGGACACUAGAUAUCAAUCAUGCCUUUUUAUACGCAUCUAUUGAUGAAAAUUUCUUCAUUACUCACCCGAAUGAUAGUAGGAUGGUGACACCAUUACACAAAGCGUUAUAUGGACUAAAACAAAGUCCAAAACGCUGGAAUGAUACGCUAAAACGAUUCAUGAACAGUAUUGGAAUGCAUGACUCAGUUUCUUCACAUGGGUUAUACGUAUCUAAAAAUGGAAAAGUAAUGAUAGCAGCUUAUGUUAAUGAUUGCAUUACUGCAGGACAGGAUGAGAAAGAUAUUGACAGUCUUGUUAGUCAAUUACAACAUGAGUACUCAUUUCAAAUCAUCGGCACUAUGGAAAACGGAAAGUUGGACACCAAUACCCUGGGAUUGGAUUAA